AUGGGUGACGCUGGAGACUCUGAUGUCGUACACCACGGCGUCAUCAGAUACAUCGUCUCAGCCAAGGACCCGCCUCCAGAAAAGCGAAGUCUCUUUGGCCUUGCGGCCAACAGCUCUUGGACAGAUCAUGAGCUCGCAGUGCGUGACUUUCGAAAGGCGGAAGAGUUGGUGAAGGGCCCGGAAGGUCUCGAUGUCCAGGGCUUCACGUACAUCGAUCAUGAGUCGGCAUUGUCGAAGUCGGAUACCUGCCUCCCAGAGGUCUGCGAUCUGGUGUGCAAAGUCACUGGCGCGAGCAAGGCGAUUGUCCUCAAUUGUGCUUUUCGGAGAAAGCCAGUCGAUUUGCAAAAGGAUCCCAACUGGAUACCUAUGAAAGGCGACGAUAUUGACACGAUGCUGGCGGCGCUGCCUCGCGACAAGUGUUUGGUCAUGGGGAAGGAGGUCGAGUCGUCGCUGGAGCCGUUGCGAACAGCUCAUUUGGAUUACACGCUCAAAGGCCUGAGGAGCAACAUCCGAUACGUUCGCAAAGAUGUCGAGGAAAUGGGCAGGGCGGCCGUCGAAGCUGAGGAGGCGGUCAAGGCAGGCAGGGACGUGAGGGUACCGCGAUACGCAGCGUACAGUAUCUGGCGACCUGUCAAGCCUGUGAAGCGAGAUGGUCUCGCAGUCAUGGAUUGGAGAAGCCUGGAGAAGGACGGCCUGGACCCAUUUGAAUACCGCGUGCCCAGCAAUGUCACAGAAAGUGGAGAGUUUCUUCUGGAGGCGUACAACGUGAUGCCACCAAAGAAUCCACAGAAACACCGUUGGUACUGCAUGCCGGAGCAGAAACCCAAUGAGGUACUGUUCAUUAAGCUGGCAGAUACGGAGUCUGAGAAGAGUCCUGGUGUUGCGGGCGGCUGUGGUCAUUGUGCGCCGUUGAUCAAGGAGCAGGAGACUGAAGAGGCCAGGUCGAGUAUUGAGUGUAGAGUCAUCGCGGUUUGGGAUUGA